AUGGCGGCGUCCGUCGCGGUCCGGGCCAGCAUGGGUCUGACUUUGAGAUAUUCUAGAGUGAUACCGGACUGUAGCGUUUGUCCUUUUAAUGUGUUAAACAUUUGUAACAAUGCAAGGAGGGUUUCAACAAAGGGAAAGUCCAUGGAGCGAUUCAAGACGCCGAACAGACACCUCCAGACAUCCAUUAGUCUACGCCACAGCGAGGAGAAAAGCGUAAAUGCAGAAGAUACAGACGAGGACGUUGUAAAUGUUGUGUAUAUAGAUCGAUCUGGGAAGAGAAUUCCAGUUAAAGCAAAAGUCGGGGACAAUGUACUGUACCUGGCACACAGGCAUGGCAUUGAUCUUGAGGGGGCUUGCGAAGCAUCCUUAGCUUGCUCCACUUGCCAUGUGUAUGUGAAUGCAGACUACUAUGAUAAACUGCCUACACCUGAGGAAAGAGAGGACGACAUGCUUGACAUGGCCCCCAUGCUGCAGGAGAACUCGCGCUUGGGAUGUCAAAUCAUCCUGACCCCUGAGCUGGAUGGCAUUGAGCUGACGCUCCCGAAGGUCACCAGGAACUUCUAUGUGGAUGGUCACGUACCCAAGCCUCACUGAGAGCGCCGGACUGAAUAGAAGAGUCAGAAAGGAGAAGUGCUGGGGUGGUGGAUUAGUGCAUUUCUGAGGAGUGGACAAGAGUUUAGAAGGCCAAAAGCUUCCUCAAAAAAAAAAAAAAGACCUUGAGUUUCUCAAUGAGUCAGCAGCACUGUGGAAACCAAGCACUACGCCUCAGUCUAAUUUUCUUUCUGUGGGUUUUGCAUGGAAGAAAAAAAAAAAAAAAUUGCAUACCCUGAAAUUGUGUCCUUCAGAAAUUCAGCAUCUUAAUUUAAAUUUGUAUUCAAGUGAUAUGACUCUAAAAAGUUCAGAGCUUCAGAAUGCAGUUUAGUUCUUAAUCCUUCACUGAGAAACCAGCCCAAAGAGUAUUUCAGGUCAGAUAUGCAGUGUAGGAAGGCUCUUAAAACUGUGAUAUAUACAUGUAGUUUGAAAUACCUGAAAUUAGCAUUCAAGUUGGUUUCGGAGGGAGAACCAUGAUGUGUCAGGGAUUGGGACAUUCCAUUUUACAGGCGAUAUGCAAGUCAGACGCAUAAUUAUUAUUAUUUUUUUUUUACCAGAUAAACCUCUAAAUGCUGUAAAGACAAUUGAAAUACUUGUUUUCUGAGUUUCUCCAGUUAGUAUGGUGGUAUUUGCCAUGAUAUAAUGAACAUGUGUUUUGUGGAAGUUUGGGGGGGGGGAUUCAACACUUCCUAAACACCAAGUAGUAGAAAUCCCACUGAAAGAUGGUUGUGCCAUUAAAAGUUUUAUAAUCACCAACAAACCCUCAGGAACACAAAGUUCCUUUUCUGAUUAACAGGGCUUUUGUGCUUUGGGGCAUUGUUUCCAUCAUUCUUAAAAAGCUUCCAUGUCAGUCAUUUGUAGUUUAGCCCAUUACCUAGGCUCCUCACUCAGCUCAGCUGGUCAGCUCUUAACUGAAGGAGGUGUUCUAGUGUUUGGAACACACGGAGACUGGUUCAAACAGAUUUGAAGAACGUUGCUGGAGAUGGCUCGGUAGAUUUAAACUGUACCACCCUUCCUUCUCUGAAGUGUGAAGACAUUAGAGGACACGAGCGGACAAGCUGUACUCUUCAUUCAGAUGCUAGAAAUUAGUCAGUAUUACAAAAAAAAAAAAACACAAAAAAACACAUCGGCACAGCCCAUGCUUGCUGUGUUGUUUCACAAGAACUUGCUCAUCA